GGGACUCUCCUUGGCUGACGUCCUUCCUUUCUCCAGCCCUCCCCCAGCCGUUCCCCUAAAUGCAGGCGUCGCACCUCCGGGGCGCCGGUGUUCUCCCCCGCGGCGCCCGACGGCCUGAAGGGUGCGUGCGAGCUGCACGGGCGCACCACCUCCGGGCACUGCAGGUUGCCCGGCCGCCGCCGGGGAGUUCCCGGGGACCGCGGCGGGCCGCUGGGGCAGAAGGUCCCCACGGCGUGGGGGUGCCGCCGUCAGGAGGAAGGAGCGAGCCCCGGGAUUUUCCAGCUGCUCCCGGUCGUCCCCGGGGGAACUCGCAGGCGGGCACCUGGGUGGAGGAGCCGGUGCCCCCGCACGCUGCCCGACCCGAGGGCGCCCAGGCCGGAACCCCUCAAGACAGGGAGCACCCCGCGAUCGGGAGGGAGCACCCCGGACCGCGACACUCCCCGACCGGGAGCAGCGCCCCACCUGCAGCCUUCUUCGCCAACCAGGUUUCACAGCCAAGGGGCUGCCAGACGCUUUUGCUUUCCUCUUACUUUCUGUUCCUUUUUUCUUUUUGUAACCCUCUCUGGUGGCUUUAUCUCGUUAAUCGCACUCCUCCCAUCCCCCGCGACGCCUCUUUCCUUUCAGGUUUCACAGCAAUCGGGGAUCGCUGCUUCUCACCUGCUUUCUCAACUCGGCCCCCGCCCCAGACUCGGGGACGCCCCUCGCCAGAGAAGCCAUUUGAAUGAAGCAGUAUCCUAAACAUGCAUCAUGAACAAUUAUCCUUGGCACUUUGGGCACUUAUAUUCAUAAGAACCUCCGAAACUUGUACUUCACGUACCCACAUAAAUGCAGUCGAAGGGGAACCUUUCUAUCUGAAAUAUUGCUCUUCACCUGGGCCUGAGGACGAAGCCACCACCAUCAGAUGGUACAGAAGCAACAGAGCACAUGAACGUGUUGAACUGAACCCAGGCAGUUCACCCAGAAUUACUUUGGAGGAUUAUGUUUUGGAGUUUUGGCCAGUUGAGUUAGAUGACGGGGGAUCUUACUUUUUGCAAAUGGGAAAUUAUACUCAGGAAUGGAAAUUAAACAUCAUCAGAAGAAAUAAACACAGCUGUUUCACUGAAAAACAAGUAACUAGUAGAAUUGUGGAAGUUAACAAGUUUUUGGAGAUAACCUGUGAAAAUAGUUACUAUCAAAGACUGAACAGCAGCAUAUCAUUGUAUAAGAACUGUACAAAGAUACUGGAGAGCAAUGAAAACCCAUCUAUAAAGAAGAAUGCCGUGUUUGAAGAUCAGGGCUUUUAUUCCUGUGUGUUUUCCGUUCCUCAUAAUGGGAAGCUAUUUAACGUCACCAAAACCUUCAAUAUAACAGUAGUUAAAGGUCACAGUAAUAUAGUUCCAGUUGUUCUUGGACCAAAGCUUACCCACGUUGAAGUGGAAUUAGGAAAAGAUGUACAGCUCAACUGCUCUGCUUUGCUGAACAAAAAUGAUGUGGUUUAUUGGAGCUUUGAGAAAGAAAAUGGAUCAGAUCCUAAUGUACACGAACAGAACAAAACUAGAAACUGGACUUCAGAAGGCAAAUUUUAUGCUUCAAAACUAUUGAGAAUUGAGAAUAUUAGUGAAGACAAUCUCAAUUUUUUAUAUAAUUGCACCGUGGCUGGCAACGGAGGCACAGACACCAACAGCUUCAUCUUGGUGAAAAAAGACAUGGCUGAUAUCCCAGGCCACGUCUUCACGAGAGGAAUGAUCAUAGCCGCUGUGAUCCUGGUGGCAGUAGUGUGUCUAGUGGUUGUGGGUGUCUUUUAUAGAGUUGACUUGGUUUUAUUUUAUAGACAUUUAAUGGGAAGAGAUGAAACAUUAACAGAUGGAAAAACAUACGAUGCUUUUGUGUCUUACCUAAAAGACUGUCGCCCUGAAAAUGGAGAGGAGUACACCUUUGCUGUGGAGAUUUUGCCCAGGGUUUUGGAGAAGCAUUUUGGGUAUAAGUUAUGCAUAUUCGAAAGGGAUGUAAUGCCCGGAAGAGCUGUUGUUGAUGAAAUCCACUCAUUGAUAGAGAAGAGCCGACGACUGAUCAUUGUCCUAAGCAAAAGUUAUAUGUCUAAUGAAGUCAGGUAUGAACUUGAAAGUGGACUCCAUGAAGCGCUGGUGGAAAGGAAAAUUAAAAUAAUCUUAAUUGAAUUUACACCUGUCGGUGACUUCACAUUUUUGCCCCAAUCGCUAACGCUUUUGAAAUCUCACAGAGUUCUGAAGUGGAAGGCUGACAAAUCUCUUUCCUAUAACUCAAGGUUCUGGAAAAAUCUCCUUUACUUAAUGCCUGCAAAAACAUUCAACCCAGGCAGAGAUGAAUCUGAAAUCUUGCCUGUUCUUUCAAAACCUUGAUCUCCAGAAAAGCUGAAUGUCAAAAAGAACUCCAGAUACUUUGGGAUUGAGUGUAAGAGGCUGUUCACAACAAAGGCCAUUACUCAAAAUACUUACCUCUAUCACAAUUACACUCAACGUUUGAAGAUGAAACUUGUCAUUAGGUUGCCGGGAAUAAGACUAAACGUUGAGCUGUGGUCAUGUGUUCCCAGAAGAUCCUGGAAUUCUAAAGAAGUGAAUCUCCUUUUUUCUCCCUUGUCCAUAACUGGAUGCAGCUGUUCAUACUUAAUCCCAUACUCAGCAAACGUGAGACUGGGCAUGAUGCAAAAUAACUGAUACCUUCCCAAACAGGCACAUCUUUAAGAGUUCUUAAUGCUAGUGAUUGAUUUGAAAGAGAGGAUAUUACGUGCAGGAAGAGGCCAUUUCUCUGAACCAGUGGGUGACAUAGUAACUAGAAUGCGGCCUUCACUCCCCAGCAUUGCAGAUCUUGCAUGAGAUGUGGGAGGAGAGAGCUGGCGGGGCUGCCCGCAGAGCCCAGGAGUGCCUGGAGGGGAGCCUUGGCCACAGCUGCAGACCAGCAGUUCUUGGAACCCCAGUAAGGCACUGGGCACAGAGCCUGCUUAUUUGAACCUAUUUAUGGGAACUUCUUAAAGGGAUCCCAAAACAUCUUCUCUUUCAUAGGACAUGCAAAUUUUAAUUCAAUUAAAAGAAAAAAAAAAUCUCAUGUGUCUAAAAUACCCCCUAGCUUGGAGGCAGCAUCAUGGUGGUUAAGAGUGUGGGCUAUGUAGCCCAUCCUGAGCUCCAAUCCUGACUUUGCUACUUGAUUCUGCUACCUCUGGAACUUUAUCUAACCUCUCUGUGCCUCGGUUUCCUCACCUGUAAAAUGAGACUUUGUAAUCAUUGUACCUACCUCACAAGGGUACUGAAUGAACAAGUAUAAGUAAAGUGCUUACCACAGUUCUUGGCACAGACUUAGCACUCUACAAGUGUGGCCAUUACUGUUAUUGUUAUUAUUACCGUUAUUAAUUAUUACUAAGGUAAUUAUUCAUCAGUGGACUAAAUGGAAGCCACAGGGCAGUAGAGGGAAGCAGACCUAGAGAGGAAGACAGUUUUGACUUGAGGACAUUUGCCUAUGUAGAGAAGCACAUGGGAGAAGCUCAUGGAGGGGGCAGAAGCUGUUUCUCCAUUGGGCAUCUGCUACUUUUGAUGAUGCCAGACAGACGUCUGUCUCCCUAAGGUGAGCCCAACACUGUGGGCCUUCUUCAUGGCCUUGAACAUCAUGGCUAUCCAGGAAAAAUCACCGAAUAUGAAACCAUCAGUUUGAAAGGCUGGUUUGGACACAGGGGAGCAGCACGAAUGUUCUAGAAAACUUUAAAGCAGAGACUUUAAAACGGAUGGAGGAAAUAUUGCUGAAAAAUCAGAGAAGUAUGAGAUUUUCUGUGCAAGAAAGUGGUUUAAGUUUUAUAGUGCUUAUGAUUUUGUGUGUCCAUUGGCUGGCUAAAAAGAAUUUAAUUAAUAAUUUAUGUUUUAUAUGUA